UGGCCUCGUGCGGGCAGGGUCUCGGGCACGCGGGGGCGGACGAUGUGUGGGAUCUUGGAGCCCCUGGUGGAAGGGGCAGCCCGUGUGGCCGCGUGUGUGUUCGUGCUCAUGCUCGUGUCUCCUGUGUGUCGGUGCCAUGUGCACACGGGGGCCCGGUUCCUCGUGCACACAUGUGCAGCCAGCCUUGUGCAGGUGUGUCCUGUCUUACCCUGACUCUACCUGUUUCCUGCCUAGGGGGCUGUUGGGCCAGCCACAGGCUUGUGGGGCAGUUCGCCGCCAUGCUGGUCCAUGUCACCUCUGACCCUGAGCAUGCAUAUCCCUAGCAAGGGCUCACCUCCUGUCCGCCUUCUGUGUGUGGGAAUGUGUGGCCCUAUGAGCAGGAUUUUCUGUGUUCCUGGUGGCAGGUGUGUGUCUUUGCAUGUGUGUUCCAGCACUGGCCUGAGUAUCUGUGUCAAUCCCAGCAUGGUUGUCCAGGGCGUGUCUGGAUGUGGGUGGUGUGUUAUGGGGAGUAAGUGUGUGAAUGUGUUCCUUGGAAUCCUACUGUGUAUGAAACACCUUUGGGCUGGGCAGGUGUAAGCCCUGCUUGGUCAGGAAGUAGGGAAAGAAAACCUCAUGAAGGGAAGAAAUGGGGUAAAGAGGAAAAGUAGGGAGGGGAUAGAAGAAAAGGAAUGAGAGAGGCUUGAAGAAGAGAGCAGAGAGCAGGCCAGGAAGAAUAGCUGGAGAAUGGGAAUGUGGGAGAGAGCCGAGCCAGACUUAGAAGAGAGAACAGGGUGAUAAGAGCUUAAGAUGGGGAACUGGAUGGAAAUGGUGGGAGAAGAAGGGGCCUGGGAACUGGGAAGGCAGUGGGGAGGAGAGAGUCAGGCUUUCUGGUAAAGUGAUCUCUGAAAGAAGAAAGGGAGAAAGAUGGGAGAAACCAUUAGAUUCUUGUAGGCCCUGUAGGAUCAGGCUUGGUUGGAUCAGGGGAGGCCACUCAGGCAUACAGGCUUGCUCACAGUGAGGCCUGUCACGGCAGGGACGGUCAUGAGAGGUUCAUAUUCCCAGCACAGAGCUCUGUCUCCCAUUUCUCUGCUCUGUGUCCAACCCUAUUCUUCACCCUUCUCUGGCAACCUCUCUCCCCUGGCUUCCCUUGAGAGCUGUCAGCUGGGUGUGUAGAGGAAGAAAGGCCAAAGGGAAGGUUAGGGAUUGGGGGAUUGGAGGGCAGGGGGAGAUUCUGUGGGUGAUGGCAAGAUUAGAGAUGUCGGAGGGACAGGAGACCAAUCCCUUGCUGCGUGUGUGUGAGUGCCAUUGUGUGUGUACACAGGGUGUGUACAUGUGUGGGUGUAUGCACAAUGCCUGUGUUACGGGUUUGUGUAGGUGGCUGUUAUGUGUGUGCAUGCAUGUAUACAUCAUGCAGGCAUGGGACAUGGAGAUCCAGGAUCACAGUGUAUGCUUUUCAGGUUUGCUGUGUGUAUGUACACAGGUGUGUGUUGUUUUCUCUGUACAUGUCACUGCAUACAGCACUAAUAACAGGACGUUCUGGGUUUCUGCCACUCUGCCCCCCUUUCCUGUGUGUUUCUGCUAUUCUUUUCCUGCGACAACAAAAGUCUUUAAUAAGCAUAUGUGUAAGUGGCCUCUGUGUACCUGUGACUUAUGAGUGAGUUCAUGGAUCUUAGUUCUUGGUAAUAUGUGUAAGGUUACAUUACUUCCAAGAACCAAGCAAGCCAAUUAUCAAAUUUGUUCUUCUGUUAAUGCUUUAGUUCCAAAGCAGAAUUUCAAUGCGUUUAAAGUUAGACUCUAUGCCUUUAUUAGAUGAGCUUGCACGUAAAAAUCAUGGCUGAGCUCGGUUCCCUGACAUGAGAGUGAGGCAGCCAUACCUGAGAAAUGCAGAAAAACGUUACUAGGGAAGAGAUAUUCUGAACCGUUGGAUGCAUUGCUUAGUGUGUAACAGAAGAAUAAUUAACACAUUUGCUCCUGGUUUUUCUUUACUCUGGUGGCAAUCUCAGAUGCCUGUGUUAGAGUGAGGGAAGGGCUGGGGGAGGAAAGGGGGUUGUCCUGAAACAGAGUGGAUAUGGUUGUACUUUUCACAUGAAUGAAAGGAUGUUUAUGCUUCUGAGAUAUAGGGAUACCUUUCUGUGGUCGGGAUCAUGGUGUACUCAAGCAUGUAUUUCAGGGGUUAAACUGGAAUUCCCCUGCAUGGGGCCAUGUGUGUCUUAGGGUUAUAGGUCCAUUUCUGUAGUGUGCUGUCCACAUGAUUGCCCAAGAGACUUGGGCCACAAAGUCCACACCAGCAGCUCUCAUGUGGGCAGUUGGGUUCAAGUAUGUACUCCCUGUUGCAGUGCUCACAUAUGUUGAAGCAUGUAUCCUGUGGAGUGUGUGGGCCUCGGGGUCUCAGAAUGUGGAUCCGUGCUAUGCCCGUGCUCACAAUUGUCUGUAUGUCUCAAAAGCACAUAGAUCCCACUUACUUUUUGUAUUGUGGUUCUCAUAUACACGUACCUCCACAGCUCAGUGUAUGUUUCUGUACUAUAUACCUAUUCCUGAGGGAGUGAUAGGGUUCUCUUGUCAUGUGGUCCACAUUUUUGUAUACAAACCUAACAUCUGGGUUUUACAGGUAAAGGGAAGCUGGGGACUGAUUCUAGGGCAGUUUGCAGGGAAUUUGCAAUUCUGGAAGCAGACAGUGAAAAUAUAAUUGUGGCCCUCCCUUGUUCUGUUCUGGAACCUAGAGGGUUAACAGGCAGCUCUUCCGGUCCACCCCCCUCCUUCCAGCCUGUAGCUUCUUGUUGCCGUGGAGAUGGUGGCCCCGCCCCUGAUGCAGCACCUGCCCCCCCAUUGGCUGCAGUGGUGACUGUGGGGCUGAGGGGGGAGCCCAGGCCUGGGCAGCCAUUCUGGAGCUGAAGCCGGAGCUUGGCAUCCCCCCACUUACAUUCUCUUCCAGCCCCCCGGCCCCUCUAAAUUCCCUUGCAGCCGAGCCUCAGCUUCCUUUUUCAGAGCUUGCCAUCCCUCUAGGCUCUUGGCAGGCUGAGCUGCAUCCGCAUUCACCUCCCCUCCUCCUCCUCUCCCUAUCCUUACUUGGGAGUCCCCAGAACCCCUCACUGCCCAUUCUUCCUGCUCCCUGCCUACUCCCCUGCAUUCUUUGCUUUUCCCCUCCCCUGCCCCUUCUGAGCCCCUGCCACUGCAGUGCACGUGGAACCAGCUCCUUCUCCCCUCCCCCAAACCUGCCCCUUCCUUGGAUUUUCUGUCCCCCCCGGCUUCCCCUGCUACUCCUCACAGAUCUCUUCUAAGACCUCCCCCUCCAGUUCAGGGAGGGGGUCAUGGGAGGCAGCCCUGGCCCUCCAGACAGACAGGGGUUCCAGGAGGUGGGGGGCAGGUGGAAGGUGUGCCCAGCCGGGGAAAGAGGAAAGCCUGUCUUUGGGCAAUGACCUUUAACCCAUCUUUGCCCCCAGCUGGCCCCUUCUGGAGUGGGUGGGCCCCAGGGACCUAGCCUCUUUGGAUCUUUGGUGUCCUUCAUUACUGGGGUUGUACUGACCCUCUCAGCUAUGCCCCCCUGCUGAACUGCCAGCCCCCAGUCAUGGGCCUAAGGCCUCCCACCCCAUCCCCCUCAGGGGGCUCCUGCUCAGGUUCCUUGCCCCCUCCUUCCCGCUGCCAGCCUCUCCGCCGUCGCUGCUCUUCCUGCUGCUUUCCGGGGGAAUACCACUUGGGUCGCUCGAGGAGGAAGAGUGUCCCAGGGGGAAAGCAGUACAGCAUGGAGGGCGCCCCCGCUGCGCCCUUCCGGCCCUCGCAAGGCUUCCUGAGCCGACGAUUAAAAAGCUCCAUCAAACGAACGAAGUCACAACCCAAACUUGACCGGACCAGCAGCUUUCGACAGAUCCUGCCUCGCUUCCGAAGUGCUGACCAUGACCGGGCCCGGUUGAUGCAAAGCUUUAAGGAGUCGCACUCUCAUGAGUCCUUGCUGAGUCCUAGCAGUGCAGCUGAGGCGUUGGAGCUCAACUUGGAUGAAGAUUCCAUUAUCAAGCCAGUGCACAGCUCCAUCCUGGGCCAGGAGUUCUGUUUUGAGGUAACAACUUCGUCAGGAACAAAAUGCUUUGCCUGUCGGUCUGCAGCCGAAAGAGACAAAUGGAUUGAGAAUCUGCAGCGGGCAGUAAAGCCCAACAAGGACAACAGCCGCCGGGUAGACAAUGUGCUAAAGCUAUGGAUCAUAGAGGCCCGGGAGCUGCCCCCCAAGAAGCGGUACUACUGCGAGCUCUGCCUGGAUGACAUGCUGUAUGCACGCACCACCUCCAAGCCCCGCUCUGCCUCAGGGGACACCGUCUUCUGGGGCGAGCACUUCGAGUUUAACAACCUGCCGGCUGUCCGUGCCCUGCGGCUGCAUCUGUACCGUGACUCAGAUAAAAAGCGCAAGAAGGACAAGGCAGGCUAUGUCGGCCUGGUGACUGUGCCGGUGGCCACCCUGGCUGGGCGCCACUUCACAGAGCAGUGGUACCCUGUAACCCUGCCAACAGGCAGUGGGGGAUCUGGGGGUAUGGGCUCGGGAGGGGGAGGGGGCUCGGGGGGUGGCUCAGGGGGCAAGGGCAAAGGAGGUUGCCCGGCUGUUCGGCUGAAAGCACGUUACCAGACAAUGAGCAUCCUGCCCAUGGAGCUAUAUAAAGAGUUUGCAGAGUACGUCACCAACCAUUAUCGGAUGCUAUGUGCAGUCUUGGAGCCCGCCCUGAAUGUCAAAGGCAAGGAGGAGGUUGCCAGUGCACUAGUUCACAUCCUGCAGAGUACAGGCAAAGCCAAGGACUUCCUUUCAGACAUGGCCAUGUCUGAGGUAGACCGGUUCAUGGAACGGGAGCACCUCAUAUUCCGCGAGAACACGCUCGCCACUAAAGCCAUAGAAGAGUAUAUGAGACUGAUUGGUCAGAAAUACCUCAAGGAUGCCAUUGGAGAGUUCAUUCGUGCUCUGUAUGAGUCCGAGGAAAACUGCGAGGUAGACCCCAUCAAGUGCACAGCGUCCAGUCUGGCAGAGCACCAGGCCAACCUGCGGAUGUGCUGUGAGUUGGCCCUGUGCAAGGUGGUCAACUCCCACUGCGUGUUCCCGAGGGAGCUGAAGGAGGUGUUUGCUUCAUGGCGGCUGCGUUGCGCAGAGCGAGGCCGGGAGGACAUCGCAGACAGGCUCAUCAGCGCCUCACUCUUCCUGCGCUUCCUCUGCCCAGCGAUUAUGUCGCCCAGUCUCUUUGGGCUCAUGCAGGAGUACCCAGAUGAGCAGACCUCACGAACCCUCACCCUCAUUGCCAAGGUCAUCCAGAACCUGGCCAACUUUUCCAAGUUUACCUCAAAGGAGGACUUUCUGGGCUUCAUGAAUGAGUUUCUAGAGCUGGAAUGGGGUUCCAUGCAGCAGUUCUUGUAUGAGAUCUCCAACCUGGACACGCUGACCAACAGCAGUAGCUUUGAGGGUUAUAUCGACUUGGGCCGAGAGCUCUCCACACUGCAUGCCCUGCUCUGGGAGGUGCUGCCCCAGCUCAGCAAGGAAGCCCUCCUGAAGCUGGGCCCACUGCCCCGGCUCCUCAAUGACAUCAGCACAGCUCUGAGGAACCCCAAUAUCCAAAGGCAGCCAAGCCGCCAGAGUGAGCGGCCCCGGCCUCAGCCUGUGGUACUUCGGGGGCCAUCGGCUGAGAUGCAGGGCUACAUGAUGCGGGACCUCAACAGCUCCAUCGACCUUCAGUCCUUCAUGGCUCGAGGCCUCAACAGCUCUAUGGACAUGGCUCGCCUCCCCUCCCCAACCAAGGAAAAGCCACCCCCACCACCGCCUGGUGGGGGUAAAGACCUGUUCUAUGUAAGCCGUCCACCCCUGGCCCGUUCCUCACCAGCAUACUGCACGAGCAGCUCGGACAUCACAGAGCCAGAGCAGAAGAUGCUAAGUGUAAACAAGAGUGUGUCCAUGCUGGACUUACAGGGUGAUGGGCCUGGUGGCCGCCUCAACAGCAGCAGUGUUUCGAACCUGGCAGCCGUAGGGGACCUGCUGCAUUCAAGCCAGGCCUCGCUGACAGCAGCCUUGGGGCUACGGCCUGCGCCUGCCGGACGCCUCUCCCAGGGGAGUGGCUCAUCCAUCACGGCAGCCGGCAUGCGCCUCAGCCAGAUGGGUGUCACCACGGACGGUGUCCCUGCCCAGCAACUGCGAAUCCCCCUCUCCUUCCAGAACCCUCUCUUCCACAUGGCUGCUGAUGGGCCAGGUCCCCCAGGCGGCCAUGGAGGGGGCGGUGGCCAUGGCCCACCUUCCUCCCAUCACCACCACCACCACCAUCACCACCACCGAGGUGGAGAGCCCCCUGGGGACACCUUUGCCCCAUUCCAUGGCUAUAGCAAGAGUGAGGACCUCUCUUCCGGGGUCCCCAAGCCCCCUGCUGCCUCCAUCCUUCAUAGCCACAGCUACAGUGAUGAGUUUGGACCAUCCGGCACUGACUUCACCCGUCGGCAGCUUUCACUCCAGGACAACCUGCAGCACAUGCUGUCCCCUCCCCAGAUCACCAUCGGUCCCCAGAGGCCAGCCCCCUCAGGGCCCGGAGGUGGGAGUGGUGGGGGCAGCAGUGGGGGUGGCGGGGGCCAGCCACCUCCAUUGCAGAGGGGCAAGUCUCAGCAGUUGACAGUCAGCGCAGCCCAGAAACCCCGGCCAUCCAGCGGGAAUCUAUUGCAGUCCCCAGAGCCAAGUUAUGGCCCCACCCGUCCACGGCAACAGAGCCUCAGCAAGGAGGGCAGCAUUGGGGGCAGCGGGGGCAGCGGUGGCGGAGGGGGUGGGGGGCUUAAGCCCUCCAUCACCAAGCAGCAUUCUCAGACACCAUCUACAUUGAACCCCACAAUGCCAGCCUCUGAGCGGACAGUGGCCUGGGUCUCUAAUAUGCCUCACCUGUCGGCUGACAUCGAGAGUGCCCACAUCGAGCGGGAAGAGUACAAGCUCAAGGAAUACUCAAAAUCGAUGGAUGAGAGCCGGCUGGAUAGGGUGAAGGAGUACGAGGAGGAGAUUCACUCACUGAAGGAGCGGCUGCACAUGUCCAACCGGAAGCUGGAAGAGUAUGAGCGGAGGCUGCUGUCCCAGGAAGAACAGACCAGCAAAAUCCUGAUGCAGUAUCAGGCCCGACUGGAGCAGAGUGAGAAGAGGCUUAGGCAGCAGCAGGCAGAGAAGGAUUCGCAGAUCAAGAGUAUCAUUGGCAGGCUGAUGCUGGUGGAGGAGGAGCUGCGCCGGGACCACCCCGCCAUGGCUGAGCCGCUGCCGGAACCCAAGAAGAGGCUGCUCGACGCUCAGGUGGAGAGGCAGCUUCCCCCCUUGGGUCCAACAAACCCGCGUGUGACGCUGGCCCCACCGUGGAACGGCCUGGCCCCCCCAGCCCCGCCCCCCCCACCCCGGCUGCAGAUUACGGAGAACGGCGAGUUCCGAAACACCGCAGACCACUAGCCCACCCAGCAUCACAGACCUUCUCUUCCUUUCCUGUGCACCCCACCCUGUAACAGCACCAACCACCAGGACUGGACAUCACCGAGGAACAGCGGGAUUGCCUCCCUGAAUGCCUCCUUGGGAGGCACACUGAUCGCCCACCCCCCCACUGCACCAUUUCCAGGAGGGAGAGCGGGGACCUUCAGCUGCCCCCCUUUUCCUUCCCAUUGGGGUGCUGCCCUGACCCCCAGGGACCCUUGCCCCAGGACACCGCCUACCCCACACAGACCCCUUCACUCCGGGGUGCUAUCCCCAUCCUCUGCCUCAUCGUUCCCCUGAGCACUGGGGGACAGACCCUCACCCCCACCCUGGGGGUGUGGCACCUCCAAACUUUCAACUUCAGGGUGAUUUUUUUAGCAGUAACCAGAGCUGACAAUCUAACUCCCCUCCACCGCCCCAUUUUGGCCUCCCCUGCCCCCCUUGUUAUGGGGAGGGGACCCCGGGUGAGGGGGCCCUAUUACCCCUUGAUUUCUCAGGAGCGUCUGGGGGGGCUCAGCACGCACAAACUCCUUCUCCUACCACUCUUAAAUUUACUCCCUCCCCACCCAGAACCCAGAUGGGGUGGAGGGGGCCACCGGGGCAGGGAGGGGGCGGCAAGGGGAGAAUGGGAGUUGUCUCCCCUUCUCCCCACACCUGAUCUGCUCUUGGCUGGUCCCAGAGCGGGGUGAGGGGGCUUAUGCCCCCCCCUCCCCCAGUGUGUUGGGUGGGGUGGAAUUAAGGUUAGGGUGAGGGGUCAGGGUUUAGGAGGGCGUGUAUGUUGGGAGGACAGGCUAGUUGAUCUGCCCUACUCUGACACACAGUCCCCCCUGCCCCUCCCUUCUCUCUUCUUGGUCUCUACUCCCAGGGGGAGGGGGGAACUUACUCUAGGAAAAGCCAUGUCUCUCUCCCCCAGGGUGGGGGGACCUGUGUUGGAGGAGGGGUGUUGGGGGGGCCCCCUUCCAUGACUCUGUCCCCUGGGGGAGGUAGGACAGGGCUGGGCUUCCCUCUCAUCCUCCCCCUCCCAAUCUCCUUCCACCUCACUCCCUCCCGCCAGCUCCACAAUUUUUCGGUGUUUCUCUGUACAUAGUUCUCUGGCGGGAUAGGGGAGGUAGGAUGGAUGGGGUUUGGGGUGGGUAGGCCAUGGGAGGGGAGAGGCCCCUCCUUGGCACCCCCUCUUCCCUGACUGCUGUCCCCUACCCAGCCUUGCCCCCUUCAUCCCUUUUUGCGUUUGGUAUUGAGACUCUCCUAGACUCUACCCCUCUUUCUUUUGUAUGGACAGUUCCCCUUCAGUCCCAUCCCCUACACAUACACCCAGCCGGGGCCAAAUUUAUACUUAUAUAAAACUUGUAAAUAUGUGAAAUUUUAUCCCUGUGCCCUUUCCCCAUCUCAGGCCCUACCCCUGGACCCUCCCCAACCUUCCUUCUCUCUUUGGCUGUUGUAAUUAUCUGGGGUUUGUACUGUACAUAUCCGGGGUGUGUGUGUGUGGGCUGGGGGCAACCCUUCUGUACAGAGCUUCCUGGCCCCCUCCCCCCCGCCCCUCUGCUUCCCUCCCCACCCACCACCUUAAGGGUAGGGAGAUGCUCUUCCUACCUGUUUUAUUUUGUUUUCUCGUUCUCCCUCCCCAUCCCCCUCCCAGCCUUAUCUAUCCUUCCUCACUGUCCCCUUUUCUCCACUCCCAGCCCCAUUUCCUUUUUUUCUGGAGUGUGUGGUGAAACAGAAAAAACAUGUUUAAUAAACGGAGAUUGUUCUUUUA